CUCUAUGGUUGCCAGGCCUGGGAGCUGCAAAAGCUACCACAGGCACCCACACAAACAAAGAGUCAAGAUGAUUAUGGUACGACCCUUCUCCAACCUUUCAGUGACCACUUAUGGAUGAAGUGAGGAUUCUAACGUGCAUUACUGCAUGGACAUGUUCAUACAUGACACUCUUAAUAAGAGAUAACAGGGCACAAUCCAGCCACAAUUAAGCCCAUUGAUGCCCUAUUGACUUCAGUGGGACAGUGACACAGAUGUUUCCCCCUAUUUAAAUAUCCAAAAGACUUACAAAUGCUUAGCUUUGACUAUGAUGAACAUCAAGGGCAUGGUCCAGACAAUCUUGUUUUCAGCUGCCCAUGCGAUGAGGCUUCUCAUGCCCACCCACGGACCUCAACUGCAGUAAAAUCGGAGAUGCCCUCAGUGCCCUGAAUGACUCAGAAGCUAAUGCCUACAAGCUGGUGGACCUGACUCCAUUAGCCCCAACAGAAAGAACCAUGCGUAACCUCCCACAACCCUUCCCAACGGUGGAUGUUCCAGCCCAUGCUCACUACACAAUUGGUGCUGUCAUUCUUGCAGUGGGGAUCACAGGAUCUCUUGGUAACCUCCUGGUUAUCUAUGCUUUCUGCAGGAGUAGGGGCCUUCGGACUCCCGCCAACAUAUUUAUUAUCAAUCUGGCGGUUAGUGAUUUUCUAAUGUCCAUCACCCAGUGUCCGGUUUUCUUCACCAGCAGCCUCAGCAAACGAUGGAUAUUUGGUGAGACAGGCUGUGAGCUGUACGCUUUCUGCGGCGCCCUCUUCGGCAUUGCCUCCAUGAUCACACUUACAGUGAUAGCCCUGGACAGGUAUUUUGUGAUUACACGGCCCCUGACCUCCAUUGGAGUGAUGUCGAAGAAGAAGGCUUUGCUAAUCUUAUUAGGAGUCUGGCUGUAUUCCUUGGCUUGGAGCCUUCCUCCUUUCUUUGGAUGGAGUGCUUAUGUUCCUGAAGGCCUCCUGACUUCCUGUUCUUGGGAUUAUAUUACCUUCACCCCAUCAGUCCGUGCCUACACAAUGCUCCUCUUCUGCUUUGUGUUCUUCAUUCCUCUCAUUGCCAUCAUAUACAGUUACGUGUUCAUUUUCAGAGCUAUCAAGAACACUAACAGGGCAGUUCAAAGCAUUGGUUCAGACAGUAGUAAAGAAUCUCAGAGGUUGUACCAGAAGAUGAAGAAUGAGUGGAAAAUGGCCAAAAUAGCUUUGAUCGUCAUCUUGCUUUUUGUCAUCUCUUGGUCUCCAUAUUCUGCAGUAGCUUUGCUGGCCUUUGCGGGGUACUCCCAUGUCCUCACACCCUUUAUGAACUCAGUACCUGCAGUGAUUGCCAAAGCUUCUGCCAUACACAACCCAAUCAUUUAUGCCAUUGCCCACCCCAAAUAUAGAAUGGCGAUUGCAAAGUUUCUUCCAUGCCUUGGAUCUCUGCUAAGGAUUUCUCAUAAAGAUUCCAGAUUGUACAGCUACCCCUCCACCAGACGCCCCACUGUUACCAGUCAGUCCUCUGAUACAAAUGGACUGCCAAGAAGAAACCGAAGGCUAUCCUCUGUCUCAGACAGUGAAUCUGACUGGACUGACACGGAGGCAGACAUCUCUAGUCUCAACUCCAGAGGCGCCAGUGGGCAAGUGUCCUAUGAAAUGGGUGAAGACACUGCAGAAACAAGUGACAUUAAAGUUAAAACAAAACUGAAAAGCCACGAUUCAGGGAUUUUUGAAAAGACUUCUGUGGAUGCAGAUGACAUUUCUGUGGCGGAGGACUUACCAUUUGGAAACUAUGUCUUUGAAGAUAGCCUGACAGGUGAGGACCUGAAUGCUUUUGGAUUGACAGGGGAAGCUUCUGACUACAGACCUUCUUCAGCCCAGAUACCCAGCAUUAUAGUGACCUUCAGCAAUGUCCAGGGAACAGACCCACCUUCAGAAUACAGCUCUGGUCCCUUGUACUCCAGGAACAGUGGCCAUCGCUGGGACAAGGAUGCCAGUAGCCAGCUAGAAUGGCUGUACCAGGGUGUUGCCUUAGCUGCUACCUCAGAAAAAAGCAUGUGUCAGCUUAGUGUAGAAAAUCUUCCAAAACUUCUUUGAAGCAGGAAAAACCAACUUUCUUAUAAGGAUUCAAACAAGUUCGAUCAAAGCUACAAAGAAGGGACUAUUUCUUUUCUUUUCUUUCUUUCUUUCUUUUUUUUUUUUACAGUAGUUUGUUUUUUAUGUUGAUACUUAUUCAACUCUUUCAUUCAGAACAACAACAAAUUAUUCUUUGGAUUUGGAUAGACUGCUUGAGACUCCAUCCAGGAAGUAGUGCGAGGGCAGGUGGGUUAAGGGGGCCCAGUCUGAUCCUCAGAAUGGCCUCUGCUCCCAAUAACCCCCAGCCUUGCCCAGCUCAGUUUCUUUGUCUUGAGCCUAGAAGGAGGCAAUGACUCUCUUUGACUCUCUCCCUACAACAUCAGCAGCAGCAGCAGCAGCAGCAGCAGAGACCCUGUCGGAGUCCCCCCAUUACGCACCAGCUGCUCACUCCUGCCUGUGAGCCAAGAGAUGGGCAAAUGGGAAUGAGCAGCUGAGGUUUUUCAGAGGAGGCAAAGCCCUUGUAGCUGUUCAUGCUGGGAAGGAGGGGGUUGAAGUUCACUUUUGUGUCUAGCUCUUCUGCCCUCAGUUCAGAAAUAUAGCCCCUGUUAAACAUUAGCUGCUGACUGGGGAACUAAUGUGUAUAUGUGUGUUUGUAUAAGCUCUUGUGUUGAAUCUACAGUCAAGAAUUGUUUGUUUAUUCUUGUCCUGCUGCUGUUACAAAGCUACUGCUGUGAGAUGUUUUGUAAAAGGGGAAAAAAUGGCAGAAGAGACAAGGGGAAUAAUUUUCAUUACCUGGUUGUUUGAAACAGGUUGUGUAGGCAAUCCUCCCUUCCUUUCUUGGUUUGGGCUUAUUUUAUUCCCCAAACAUUCCUGCUAAAAAGCUAAGCACUUAAAACUGACAGAGGUAUCAGAUAAGUUUACCAGGAAGCUCUUCACACAGGGCUUUUGAAGCUCUUGAACUCACAUCUCCACUGGAAUGGAAGGGGUGUGUUCACAUUUUGGCUAAAUUUACCCCAAAGUCCCUGUGAGUUAUCAGAGAGCAGUUCACACACAAUUAGGGUUUUUUUUACUGUGCAUUAGAGUGUAACCCGAUUUAUAUCCAGGGUAAAAAAAAAUCCACUAUUUGUGUUAGGGUUUUUUGGACAAUUUUGGGUUCGCAGUAAAGCCUCCCUGAAAACUCGUGGUAAAACCUGCUGUGCGUAAAAACUCCAGGGCAGCUGGUUCACACAUGAGCCUUGUGUGGACAGUCUACACUGCUGCCUCACACUGACUCACUGACAGUCAUAACUGUCGAACAUCCAAGUCCAAGGCAAGCUGGAGAGGCAGGGGACAUAGGAGAGAAGGAGGCAAGCAGAGAGGGAAACCGUUUGGCGACUCAGAGAGCUGUAGUUUAUGGCUUCCCUUAGUCAUAAGAUGCCCCUACUGAGAGAGGAAUGUUAGAGCUUGAAAGCAGGCUGUGGCAUGGGAAAUUUCUGGGAUUACCUGAUUCCCAGGGCCGACAUGGUUCUGUUCUGAGGUGUUCGUAUCCUGGCUCAAACUGCCUGUAGUUCCCUCCUCCGGGCAGCAACUCUGUGGGGUAGAGAGCAGGGAAUUGGUGGCUCCUGGUCUGAGCCCCACAGCAGCUGAUGAAACCAAUGUGUGACUCAAGGCUCACCUUGAUUCACUGCUGCAAUCAGUCCUCCCCUUUUCAACAGGGAUGGAUCUCAUGGUCAAGGCUUCUGAACACCACCAAGAGGCUUUACAGACAGGGCUGUUACCACAAAUCUCCUUCAGAAGAGAGUGUGUGCAUCCACACACCAGCCAAAGUUACCCCAAAGUCCCUUUGAGAUCCUUGGACCCACUCCAGACACAAAUCAGGCUUUGUCUUGUGAAUUCGAGUUUAUCUCGAGUUAUUUCCCGGUUUUUAAAAUGCUGGUUUUAAGCUACGUUUUCUGAAAAGGCCAGAGCAAAUAGGAAGAGGCACUGAUGUAGAACCACUAGCAUGAUAAGAGGGAUACUCUCUUUAGAAAUACAGAUACAGCUCUUUAGUAAUCUCCCCCACCAGGGGCGUAGCCACCCUUGGGCGACUGGGUUAAAAGAACCCAGGCCAUCGCUCCUCAGGUGCUACACCUCGCGGCCCCAACACACCCUCCGUGUCAUUCAACGCAGCAGGGGCUGGUUUAGCUCUGGUUUAGCUCUGGGCCCAGGAGUUAAAUGCCCAGCAUUCUCAGCAUGGCCAGGAGCAGCUCUCUUUGCCUUAAAGGCAGGGAGAGCCACUGUGCUGUGAAUGCAGCACUGUCCCCAAUCUAGCUCCCAAAGGGGGCCGCAAGGCCCCAUUCAGAAGUUAGAUGGCCAGCGCUGUGUUUGCAGCGCGGCCAGGAGAGGCUCUCCCUGCCUUUAAGGCAGGGAGAACUGCGAACACAGCGCUGGCCUGGAUCUAACUACCAAACAGGGCCGCAUGGCCCCAUUCAGGAUACAGACCACACACACACCCGCGUCUGACGUCAGGGCUUGGCUAACCCCUGGGGUGGGGUGAGUGAGGCUGCUGCGGCAGCCAGACACGGGCCACUGCUGGCCUGGCUCCACUACUGCUCCCCCUCACCCAUGGACAGAAGGAAAACAGAGAGGCAUGCAAUGUGAACUUGCAGAAACGGAAACUGAGAGCAGAGGGGAGGGGCUGCUUCCCUCAAUGUCGUGAGUGUGAUUCGAAGUGGCUCCACUCGACAUUUACCCCACAACAUUAAGCCAUGUGCGAAUAACUCCCUGGCCUCUUUAUCACAUGUUCUGCCCAACAUUAAUGGAGCAGGAUGUGGGGAAUAGAAGCUUAAGGCUCACUCCCAUGCCUCACCACAUAUCAAUCAUGUGUAAAUUGGCCCCAUAAUAGGGUAUUUGGGGAGGCAAAGGUUAAUCUUGAAACUAAGUCCAUAUUUGCCAUAUAAUUUUUGAGUGUGUAGGGGUGAUUCUUCAUUAUUAUUAUUAUUAUUAUUAUUUUAUUUUAUUAUUUUUCGAUUUCUAUACCGCCCUUCCAAAAAUGGCUCAGGGCGGUUUACACAGAGAAAUAAUAAAUAAAUAAGAUCUCUCCCUGUCCCCAAAGGGCUCACAAUCUAAAAAGAAACACAAGAUAGACACCAGCAACUGUCACUGGAGGUACUGUGCUGGGGGUGGAUAGGGCCAGUUACUCUCCCCCUGCUAAAUAAAGAGAAUCACCACAUUAAAAGGUGCCUCUUUGCCAAAUUAGCAGGGGUAAGAUUGUAAGAUUGUCAAGAUCCCAGUGUGAAGAUAAUGCACAAUAAUCAUCUUGUGCAUGGGCAGUGUAACAUGUGGAUCAUACCUCUGCAAUAGUUUAAGAACAUAAGAACAGCCCUGCUGGAUCAGGCCAAAGGCCCAUCUAGUCCAGCAUCCCGUUUCGCACAGUGGCCCACCAGAUGCUGCUGGAAGCCACAGACAGGAGCUGAGGGCAUGCCCUCUCUCCUGCUGUUACUCCCCCGCAACUGGUACCCAGAGGCACCCCGCCCCCGAGGCUGGAGGUGGCCUACAGCCCUCCAACUAGUAACUAGAAGGUUCAGUAUAUAUGUUAUACUUAUCACAAAGAGUCAGUCUCUGCAUUAGUCAUCAUGUUGUACUUCUGAAUUGUUUGGAGAUGCUAGAUACCAAUGCCAUGUGUGGGGGUGUCAACACAUGACACAGACGUCCAACCUAGCGACUGGAUCUACAUCUUGUGCAUGGGGUGGGUGGUGGGAAUAAAUCAUCAUGUGGAGGUGAUUUGAAAGAUUCUCUGUGUGAUAACUGCACUGUAUUCAGGGCUUCAAUCAACACAAUGGCAGUAUCCAAGCCCUCAGUGAGUCCUGGACUAGGCACUUGAAGGAUGAGAAGAAAAGAAUUAGCCUUUGUGCCACCAAUCAAAGAUGGAACUACAAAGAAAGCUGGCAUAUCAGGAAGAAAGCAGCUCGAUAACAAUAUGCCAGAAUGGGUCACAGUUGGGUACUUCUUGUCCUUGCAUAAAAGCUCCUGGACCAAGCGUGCUCAAAAGGGAGGUUCUGUUGUCAUGUUCCCAGUGACAGAGAAUAGUCUCCCCUUCAGCUCCUCCUGAAUAUGACAGGAGCUGUAUCUAACGCAAGAGAUAACAACCAAACAGAAAAGGCAGGUUAAGUUUUACUGGCAAUCGGAACUGAGUCACUUUCUGUGGGAAUGAUAACAUAACCAGAAUGUAUCUUGUGAUAUUUCACGAUUUUGAAUACCUUGAUUGAUCUUCUGUACUUUUCUUUUUAAACAAUAUAUACCUAUAUAGAUAUAUAUUAUAUAAAGCCCAAAGCUGCCUCUGUGAUGCCA